AUUUCAACUGGCUGAUUGGAGAGUUUCAUGGGUAAAGAUGGGAGAGCUGGGUUGGUUCUUCGAUGUCUACAUCUGGAGGCUUUGACUGCUUUACAUAGCUUGCUACCAUAAAGAAGCUGAUGUGGUUUGCUUAAAAUGCUCUCCACUUAGCCUCUUCUUCUGUUCCCUAUUUGCCCAGCCAUACGUACUCUUCUGUUGCAAACGUUUCAUCGUUUCUACAGCAAAACACCACCAAUUUAAUAAUUGGAAAUUUUGAAUUAGAGAUUUGUCCCUUGGUUGUCCCUUGCAUCGUUUGUCUUCAGCUGUUGUGAUCCUGCUUUUGUGUGGCUGUUUUUCAAAGUGCUUGAUAGCUUCUUUGACUACAGAUCUUCACGCUCUCUUCUUCACCUCACCAAGCCACUUCCACCAGACCUUAAAAGAUAAUUUCUUUGUUAAUUUCCAGUUGAUGAAAUGGGAGAACCUCAAAUGGAAGAUCUAUCCACAUCAAAUCCCGUGAUUGAACUGGAAGGGGAUGAAUUUUGGCCACUUUCUGGGAAACCCUUUUUCGAUGUGGUUCUGACGAAAACAAGUAUCAAACCCAUGUGCCAACUGGUGGUCCCAGGCAAAUUUAGUGCAACACUACCUUCCUGUUCAAUCCCUACGGUUCUCACAUUUCGGGGCAAGAACUGGGAGAUGACAUAUCAUGGGUCAUCCAAUUAUAAAAGGCUUGAUAACUGGAAAGCGUUUGCCAUUGACAACAAUUUGAAGGUUGGAGAUGCAUGUGUGUUUGAACAACUGGAGUGCAGCAGUACUAGGCUAGUAUUCAGAGUCCAAAUUCUCAGAGGUGACAUCCCAUCAGAAUUUCUAGACAAGCUUGAUGGUGAUAAUGUAGAUGCACCAAUUGUUCUCGAAUAGUAUAUGCCGUAUUGUCUUUUACUGGAUGUUGUCAAUUUCCCGAAUGAGGUUACUUUCGGAAGCUAAUAUGAUUUGAAUUUGAUGGAACUCAAGCAGAGCCUAUUAAGGAUGCGAUAAUUGUAUGAUUUUGAGUCCAUGUGUUCCAGUCUAGGAGUUAUGGUGUCAUUUGACACAAUACUUAAGUAACAUGAGUAUCUAUUACUGUUUGGAUACCUUUAAAGAAUGUAAUUUAGUAGCGUACUUUCUAACAAACAUCCUCUUUAAUAAUUUCGUA